AUGGCCGACACGAUAGUCCACCGCGAAAAGUGGUGGCAUAUAAAAUGGUUCUCAGACGAUGACACACCCGAGGAAAGGAAGUGGAUACUGAAGCUCGAUCUCCUCGUUGUGCCUUUCUCCAUCCUAGCUUACUGGGUAAAGUACAUCGACCAGGCCAAUCUGAACAAUGCCUACGUCUCUGGGAUGAAGGAAGAGAUGGGCUUCUACGAAAAUGAGCUCGUACAGCUUCAGACCAUGUACACCGUCGGAGCAGUGGUUGGGAUGGUCCCGUUCCUCUUUCUUUUCACCCACAUCCCGAUGCAUUGGACUAUUCCAGUCAUGGACAUCCUCUGGGGAUUGUUCACUUUGUUGCAAUAUCGUGCCACAUCCUUUGCUGAGAUGGCCGCGUACCGUUUCCUGAUCGGAAUCUUCGAGGCCGCCUUCUUCCCAGCGAUGCACUUCGUAUUCGGCUCGUGGUAUCGUGGACAUGAAAUUGCUCGAAGGGGUGGUCUCUUCUAUGUUGGCCUGAACCUCGGCUCCCUGACCGCCGGUCUCAUCGCUUCCGGCGCCUCGGCUCGUCUAGAAGGUGUCAACGGCCUAGCUGGCUGGAGAUGGAUGUAUAUCAUCUGUGCGCUGAUUACAUUCCCUGUCGGCAUCCUGGGGUACUUUGUUAUCCCAGGCACCAUCGAGCAGCCGAACCGCUGGGUCCUCAAUGACAACGACCUCGCCAUCGCCAAGAAGCGACUCGACCGUGGAGGUCACGGGACCAAGGGUAAAUUCAAGCUCGUCCACAUCAAGAGGAUCCUUGCCAGCCCUCAUUUCUGGGUCGUCGUACUGGUGGAUAUCCUCUUCUGGAACGCUGGCAUCCAGAAAAGCACCGGUGCCUUCCUGCUCUGGAUCAAGAGCCUAAAGAGAUACUCUCCAUCAGCUAUCAACGAGCUUGGUAGUAUCGCCCCUGCGGUUGGCAUAUUCCUCAACAUCCUCGUCUGUUUCUCCUCGGAUCUCCUCUGGGGACCCGCCUGGGCUAUCACUUUUGCGUCCGUCAUGAACGCCAUCAGUCUCAUCAUUCUCGUGGUCUGGAACGUGCCAGAGUCAGCCACAUGGUUUGCCUUUACCGGCAUGUACUGGUCCUCGUCGCUCUCUAGCGUGUUGCACGGCUGGGUAAACACGAUCUUGCGGGACUCGCCGGAAGAGCGAUCCUUCACGCUCGUGUUGAUCACUAUCAUCGCGCAGUCAUCCACCGCAUGGACGCCACUGCUGACUUUCCCGACUGUCGAGGCGCCGCAGUACCCCAAAGGAUAUUCGUUCUGUCUUGGUUGUGCAGUGGCGCUUAUUGCAGCGACCCACGUCUUGAAUCUGUACAUCAAGAGGAAGGAGUAA